UGUCUCCGCCAUGGCCAGCGAGGGUGAGCCCGGCCGCCGCCGCCGCUGUUGCUGCUGCACGCAGGAUGGGCAGGAUGUCCCCAAGACCACCAAGCCCAGAGGGGACAGUGAUGGCCCCCGCCGGAGCUCCCUCUGUGACCGGCACUGUGCUGCCAUCAACAACGUGCAGGGUGACCUGGGUGACCUGGGCUGCCACCUGCACCGUCCCCGCAUCCCCCCAGCCAUGUCCUCCCCAUCCUGCUGCCAGCAGCACUCGGAUGAAGUCUGUGAGAGCUGCGUGGUGAAAACCACCCUGACGGCCGAAAAUGCUGUGGAGGCCAACAAGCUCUCCAACAACUACAAGUUUGGCUUCAAGAAAUGGAAGAGCCACGUAACAGCGCGGCCCUGGGAGGACCGAUCGGAGAUUGUCAAGGAGCUCUACUCUGACCUCAACGUCAUCCGGGGCUCUGGAGGGUCCACAGUGACGUGUGGGAACGUCCUCUACCUGCUGCUCUUUGGCUGGUGGCUCUCGCUCCUCUAUGUCCUCGUGGCUGCCAUGAUGUUCAUCACCAUUGUGGGGGCUCCUUAUGGGCGGCUCUGCUGGAACCUGGCUGGGUAUUUCCUUUGGCCCUUUGGCAAAGUGAUCCAGAAAGAGGAGGUCCCCAAAUCCCGCCGGGCGCUGGGUGCGUGUGAGGCCGGCGCGGAGACGAGCGGUGUGGGGGAGAGCUCAGCCCUGCUCGGUGGCCCUGUGCCGUGCCGCUGGCGCCUGCGGUGCUGGGCGGAUGCCGGAUACUGGCAGUGUGCUGGCACCGUGGCGUGGCUGUGCCUGGGCUACCCAGCGCUGGUGCUGGCCCAUGGGCUGGUGUGCGUCACCGCAUGGCUCCUCGUCAUCCUCAUCCCCGUGGCCAAGCUCAGCGCCCGCACUGCCACCCGUGUCCUGCUGCUGCCCCCGGAGCGGGUGCUCGUCCGGCGCCUGAGGAUGACGGAGGUGCCGCUGGAGGGGGAGGUGAUCCUCUGCUGCUACCGUGCCGUCAACCCCUACUACUACAAAUAUGCCGUGGAUGGCAUCAACGUCUUCGCAGUCAACCUGCUGCCGCUGGUGCUGGUGACGCUGGUGCUGGGUUAUGUGGACAGCCACAACUGCCUAACCAGUUCUCCUGUCAAGUUCACGUUGGCCCUGCUCUCCAUCAUGCCUCUCUCCUACUACAUCGGGAUGGCCAUUGCCAGCAUCUCGGCCCAGAGCAACUUUGCGGUGGGAGCGGUGGUGAACGCCACGUUCGGCUCCAUCACGGAGCUCACCUUCUACAUCACGGCCCUCAUCAAGGGCUCGCGUGAGGGCAACCGCUGCUAUGCUGAGAUCGUCAAGUCGGCGUUGACGGGGACGCUGGUGGGCUGUGUCCUCUUUGUCCCGGGUCUGUGCAUGGUGAUCGGGGGCAUCCGGCACCAGGAGCAACGGUUCAACAGCCGCUCGGCGGGCGUCAGCUCAGCACUGCUCUUCCUCUCGGUGGGAGGUGUCUUUGCCCCAACGCUCUUCUCCAAGGUGUACGGGAAGCUGGUGUGCGGCGAGUGCCACAACGUCACCCAGAACCCGCUGGGCCACUACCUCUGCCACAACUGUCACUUUGACCUGAUGGAGAACAAUGGCACCCUCUACUACAGUCACGUCCAACCCCUGGUGUACACAGUGUCCCUCCUGCUCCCUGCUGCCUACCUCAUCGGCCUCUUCUUCACCCUGAAAACUCACUCACACAUCUACGACAUCCACAUCAGCGACUGUCACAGUGAGUGUCCCCAAACCGUGGGGUGCCCUGGCUGCAGGGCUGGCUCUUCUCACUGCUCCAAGGUGUCCCACCAUGUAUCUGCUCUUCCCCCAGUGCCUGGCCACCACCACAGUGCUGUGGUCCACUGGUCUCGCUGGCGGGCCCUGGUCAUCCUCCUGCUCUCCACCCUCUGUAUGUCAGCCUGUGCUGACCUGGCCACGGAGCACAUCAGCCCCAUCCUCACCAACUCCACCAUCUCACAGUACUUCAUUGGUGUCACUGUGCUGGCGAUGGUACCUGAGCUGCCAGAGAUCGUCAAUGGCAUCCAGUUUGCCCUGCAGAACAACCUGAGUCUGAGCAUCGAGAUUGGGAACUGCAUCGCUGUCCAGGUCUGCAUGCUCCAGAUCCCCAUCCUGGUGCUCUUCACCAUCUUCUAUCCGACCAACUUCACGCUUGUCUUCAGUGACCUCCACGUCUAUGCCAGCAUGUUCAGCGUGGUGCUCAUGAACUACAUCUUCAUGGAUGGCAAAUGUGACUACUUUCAAGGCACGGUGCUGGUGAUGGUCUACUUCAUCCUCCUGGCUGUGUAUUUCUUCGCCCCAUCGCCCAGUGGUUGCUGAGGUUUGGACUCUGCUUUCUCCAACCCUCCCGUUGGGUUCAGCGCUCAUUGGGGUGUUAUCUGGUGUCUCAGGGACUCGGCCGGGCUGGCUCCGGUCCGGAAGCAUCGUUUGCCGAAGCUCCUGCUGCUGCCUGGCUCCUCUGGUGGGGUGCCAACGGGGCUUCAGGGAUGGGAAGGGUGGUGGCAAUGGAAGCACUCCUGAACCAAGGAGGAGCCCCAAUGCUAGGGCACUUCACAGAGGUAUGUCCAGCCCACGCUUGUGUGGUUGGAAGGAAAAUUGUCCUUAGUGGAGAGUCUCAAAGGGGGUUCCUGUGUGGUCUCAUGGACAGAUGUGUUGCACUGUAAGAAGGUGCCUGAAAAGAGCCUCUUGCCCUUCCAGGCAGUGGGUGAUUCUGGGCCUGGAAGGGACUCAGGUCUGGGGAUCACACAAGGCUUCUUGAUGGUAUUAGAAAUGCACCAAAAAGUAUUUUUCAGCUGUUUUUGUCAUUAAAGCAGUUUUGUAUGAAUUG